UCCUGUGUGAUGGCAUGCUCACGGACCUGCUCCCGCAUUCUGGGGCUGAGCCUCGGGACUACAGCCCUGUUUGCUGCUGUGGCCAACACACUGCUCCUGUUUCCUAACUGGGAUGUGACCUACCUCUUGAGGGGCCUCAUUGGCAGGCAUGCCAUGCUGGGCUCUGGGCUCUGGGGAGGAGGCCUCAUGGUUCUCACUGCAGCUACCCUGAUCUCCCUGAUGGGCUGGAGAUAUGGCUGCUUCAGUAAGAUCGGGCCCUGCCAAAGGAUGCUUACUGCUCUGUUGUCAAGUGGCCUGGCUUUGCUUGGAGCCUUGAUUUGCUUUAUCACUUCUGGAGUAGCCCUGAAAGAUGGUCCUUUUUGCAUGUUCGAUGUCUCACCCUUCAAUCAGACACAGGCUUGGAAACAUGGUUACCCAUUCAAAGACCUACAUAACAGGAAUUAUUUGUAUGACCAUUCACUCUGGAACUCUGUCUGCCUGGAGCCUUCUAAAGCUGUCGUUUGGCACGUGUGCUUCUUCUCCACCCUUCUGUGCAUCAGCCUCCUCCAGAUUCUCCUGGUGGUCAUUCAUUUCAUCAAUAGCUUCCUGGGCCUUUUCUGCAGCCUCUGUGAGAAGUGA